UUACCCAAGGCCUCUUGUUGGUGGUUCCGAUCUACUCGGAACAUUUGCGGUGUAACACCGCGGUAGCUUCCGGUUGACGAGGACACGUCACUCAUUCGACUGAGGCACACAGGAACUGUGAAAAACUCCUAUCUUCCCCUGGUUUGUUUUAAAAAUCAGACGCGAGAAAUCAUGUCGAACUCGGUCCUGUCGGUUAUUUCUCGGUUCCUGGAAGAGUACACCUCCACAACGCCGAACAAGCUGAAGGUGGUGGACGCAUAUUUGCUGUACAUCUUGUUAACCGGAGCUCUGCAGUUCCUCUACUGUCUCCUCGUCGGAACCUUCCCAUUCAAUAGUUUUCUGUCGGGCUUCAUCUCAUGUGUGGGCUCCUUCAUUCUCGCAGUGUGUCUUCGCAUCCAGAUCAACCCUCAGAACAAAGGAGACUUUUUGUCCAUUUCCCCUGAGAGAGCUUUCGCCGACUUCUUGUUCGCUCACACCGUCCUCCACCUCGUUGUGAUGAACUUCAUCGGCUGAAACGGAUGUGCGUGGCAGUCACAUAUUCCCCCGACUUCUGAGAUAUCAGCCAAGAGAAGCUGUUCUAAGUCCCCCACAAGACAGGAUGCCACCAGUUUUUUCUGCCAUCAGAAUCGAAUGAGAUGCAUCGUCUUGCAUAUGAUGCAGUACAAUUUUCUAAUGGAUAAAAUAGUUAAAAAAUCUUUUUGUUUUUUCUUUUUUACGUGAAAAUUUGUAAAGCAUUCCGUCUUUGCACUGAUGCAAAAAUAAAACAAGUGUAAUUAUCUCUGCCAAAGUUAUUGACUUUUAUGUUUUCAAAAACAUCAUGCACUCUUCAUGUAACCCAGAUAUUCCUAGGAUGAGAAUCUGAGCGUUAGUUGGACAGGUUUUUUAAAGUUAAGAUGUGU